UUUCUUUAUCUUAAAUGAAUCCGAAUACUUGUGAAUUGCUGUGCGGUUGUCAGCGGAGAGACGUGACCAAUCGCAAUCGGAAAUCCCUGUUCCCGACGAUCCGCACUCUGUCCAUUUUCGCGGUGAACUAUCACAGCAGUCUUUCCGCUUCCAGUCUAUAAAUCGCUCUCCCGCUGUCUACGCCUGUAGCUCUUGCAUUUGGAGAGAGAAGAAUGGGAGAAAGAAAGGAGGAAUUUCUGAAAGAGUUCGGCGAAGAUUAUGGAUAUCCUCACGCUUCAAAGAACAUCGAUGAAAUCCGAGCUACCGAAUUCAAGAGAUUGGACGAACUUGUUUACUUAGAUCACGCGGGAGCAACUUUAUACUCAGAAUCGCAGAUGGAGUCCGUCAUUAAAGAUCUUACGACCAAUGUCUAUGGAAAUCCUCAUAGCCAAAGUGAUUCUAGCGUGGCUACUUCUGACAAUGUAAGGAUGGCACGUCAACAGGUUCUUGACUAUUUUAAUGCAUCGCCAGAAGACUACAAAUGCAUAUUCACUUCUGGGGCGACAGCAGCUCUAAAACUGGUUGGAGAGGCCUUCCCUUGGAGCAGAGAAAGCUGUUUCAUGUACACAAUGGAGAACCAUAACAGUGUCCUUGGAAUUAGAGAAUAUGCUCUUAACCAAGGAGCCACGGCUCUUGCUGUAGAUAUUGAAGAUGUUGAGCAUCAUAGUGGUCCCUCUAAAAGUAAACUAUCUUCUUUUAAGGUAUCACAGCACCCUGCACAACGGAGAACUGAAGCUACAUUGACUGGGACAGUGGUGAAUGGUGACACUUUAGGUACUGUUUAUAACUUAUUUGCCUUUCCAUCGGAGUGCAACUUUUCUGGUGUGAGAUUCGGCCUCGACUUGGUGAAUAUUAUCAAGGAGGAUGCCAAAGUUAUUUUGGAGGGCUCACCAUAUUGUAGGGGGCAAUGGAUGGUUUUGAUCGAUGCUGCAAAAGGAUGUGCAACCCACCCACCGGAUCUAACAAUGUUUCCUGCUGAUUUUGUUGUCAUCUCUUUCUAUAAGAUAUUUGGCUAUCCCACUGGGCUCGGUGCUCUUAUAGUCCGAACUGAAGCUGCCAGGUUACUCAGGAAGACAUACUUCAGUGGAGGUACGGUAGCUGCAUCUAUUGCCGACAUUGACUUUGUAAGGAGAAGGGGAGGUAUUGAGGAAUCGUUUGAGGAUGGCACUCAAUCAUUCUUAAGCAUAGCUGCCAUCUCCCAUGGGUUCAAAAUAAUCAACACGUUAACAAUAUCUUCAAUUGCCCGGCACACUGCUUCUCUAGCUGUUUAUGUGAGGAGUACGCUUUUGGCGUUGAGGCAUGGUAAUGGAGCUAGUGUUUGCGUCCUGUAUGGAACAAAUGCUGCCAAGGUAUUAUCUCGUGACAUCGGUCCUACAAUUGCAUUCAAUUUGAAAAGAUCGGAUGGCUCUUGGUUUGGCUAUCGCGAGGUGGAAAAAUUAGCUUCUUUAUCGGGGAUACAGCUACGGACAGGAUGCUUUUGCAACCCGGGUGCAUGCUCAAAAUAUCUCGGUUUAUCUCACUCCGAUCUUCUUUUGAACGUCGAGGCUGGUCAUGUUUGCUGGGAUGAUAAUGACAUAUUACAUGGGAAACCAACAGGAGCUGUUAGGAUAUCCUUUGGUUAUAUGUCAACGUUUGAAGAUGCCAAGAAAUUUAUCAGCUUUGUCGUUCGCUCUUUUGUAUCAAUACCAAAUCCAUUGGGAAAUGAAUGUCCACAAAGAACAACAAUAAGCUCCUCAUCAACCAAAGAAAAUGCAGGCAUCGAAAGAAGUCGCUUGAUGAGUCUGAAAGCCAUCACUAUCUACCCAAUAAAAUCAUGUGCGGGAUUCAGUGUGGACAGUUGGCCUCUAAGCAGUAAUGGUCUACAGCAUGACCGAGAAUGGCUUUUGAAAAGCCCAAGCGGUGAAAUUCUUACUCAAAAGAAGGUUCCAGAAAUGUGUCUUAUCCGUACAUUCAUUGAUCUCAGUAGGGGUACAUUGUUUGUAGAAUCACCGCGUUGCAAAGAGAAACUAAAAGUUCCUCUUGAACAGACAUCGUGUUAUCGGAAAGAAGAAAUGCAGUUAUAUGGUCAGAGAUACGAAGUGCAGGGCUACGAUAGUGAUGUUAACCUAUGGUUCACAGAAGCAAUUGCACGUCCUUGUACGUUGAUGAGAUGUUUUGGUUCAGAACAUACUUGUUGCAUGAAUACAAGUGGCAUAGUAGGCAUGUGUAGAGAUGUGCAGAGCAAAUUGAAUUUCGUCAAUGAAGCCCAAUUCUUAUUAGUUUCUGAGGAAAGCAUCUCUGACCUCAAUAAGAAGUUAAGCAAAAACCCACAAAAUAGAAGUCCCGGUCAUCAACUGCCCAUUCAUAUUGAUUCAAUGAGGUUUCGCCCCAAUCUCGUCAUUUCAGGAGCCGAGCCAUAUGCAGAGGAUAACUGGAGGAAUCUUACUAUAGGGAAGGCGUGUUUUACUUCAUUAGGUGGAUGCAACCGUUGUCAAAUGAUAAAUCUUAAUCCCCAAACUGGACAAGUGCAGAAAUUGAAGGAACCUUUGGCAACAUUAGCGUCUUACAGACGUGUGCAGGGGAAGAUUUUCUUUGGGAUCUUGUUGAAGUAUGAGGAGAACAUGAGAUUAGGUGGAUGGAAAGACAACGAUCCAGAGCCAAGGCUUCAAGUGGGCCAGAGAGUAUAUCCAAACAUCAGCUAGUAUAGUAGGUACCAAGCUGCAAAAUGAAGUUACAGCUUCAAAAGUCCAUCAUUGAUAGGGGGUCAAGAUUGCAUGCUUCUGCCCCACAAGAACAUAUGCAUAGAAAGAUAUAAACAUGGAAAAACUCAUGCGGAAAAGAAAAGGUCAUGGCUACACCCUCAUCUGGACACAGUGUUAGCUGUCCUUUCAGGUCAGAUAUGGCUACACCCUCGUCUGGACACAAUGUUAGCUGUCCUUUCAGGUCAGAUAAUGUUCAAUAAAAGAAGACCAAGAGUAUGUAUUUUGAAUGUAUUAUAUUACAAGAACUUUUGUUUUCUUCAAACUCUGUCAAGUCUUUCAUUUUUAGCUUCCAGACCAGCCAACUCAGGCAUCCACAGAUUAUGAAUUAAAAUUUUAAUAGCCAUUUGAUGCUUAUGGUCCAUUUUUUUCA